GUGUGGCUUCAUGACGCAACCGGAAAAGAUUUCCACGUGUGACCGUGUUUGAGGGCUCUCACACCGAAAGUUUACAUUUCAGUGUCUGGAGACGGGAGCUGCCAUUGGUGCGGAGCAGCGGUUGAAUGAUGUCACCUGCAGACGAGCAGCUGUCUCUGAACCUCUGCACAGAUGUUUCUUCACCGCGUCCACCUUCCAGCAGGAGGAAACAUCUGACCACUCAGCAGAGAUGGGCAUCAAAAAAGAGAGGAGACAAGAAGAGCUUCACAUCCUCAGAGGAUCAGACCAGGUUCUCCUUCAAACAGAGGAAACAGAAGCUGCCUUCCACAGAGGAGGGAGCAGCUGCACCUUCUGCAGACUUCCAGAAGAAACCGAAAGCAGAGAAGAAGAGGAAGUUCAGCUCCGUCGAACACAAGAGUCAAGACUUUGCUCCUGCAGAGGAAGAGAAGGAAGGAGCUGUUUCAUCUGAAGACCUUCAGGCUCCGCCCCGAAAAGUGAGAGAAAAGUCACCACAAAAAAAGGAGAGGAAAAUCGAAGGAAAGAAGAAAGAGAAGGAUGGAGGGAAGGAAGCAGGACAUGGCUCCUUCAAGACCUCCUCUCUGUUCAAACACAACCCAGACAUCCCGGACAUCCACAGAGCAGCGGUUUGCCAAUUAAAAGAGAAGAUCUUCACUUCAGACUCAUUUUCAGAGCUUGACCUGCAUCCACACCUGGUGGCAACACUGAACAAAGUCCUGAAUGUUUCCACUCUGACCAGUGUUCAGAAACAGACCAUCCCUGUUCUGCAGUCCGGGCGAGAUGCUUUGGUCCGAUCUCAAACAGGAUCAGGCAAGACUCUGUCGUAUGCCGUCCCGCUGGUUCAGAGUCUGCAGUCCAUCCAGCCCAAGGUCAGCAGGUCCGAUGGUCCUCUGGCUCUGGUCAUUGUCCCCACCAGAGAGCUCGCAGUGCAGACCUUCCAGAUAUUCCAGAAACUUCUGAAGCCAUUUACCUGGAUUGUCCCAGGGGUGCUGAUGGGAGGAGAGAAGAGGAAAGCAGAGAAGGCCAGGAUUCGUAAAGGGAUCAACAUCUUGGUCUCCACUCCUGGCCGUCUGGUGGAUCAUAUCAAACACACCCUGAGCAUCGCCUUCAGCGCCGUCCGCUGGCUGGUUCUGGAUGAGGCUGACAGGACUUUGGACCUGGGCUUCGACAAAGACCUCACGGUCAUAUUGAACAGCCUGAACUCGACCGGACCGGCCCGACAGAACGUCUUGCUCUCUGCGACGCUGACACUCGGAGUGAGCCGGUUGGCUGAUGUCUGUUUAAAGGACCCCGUCAGCAUCCAGGUUUCUGGCCCCUCCUCCUCCUCUGACCACACUGGCUCCUCCCAUGUGACCUCUGACACUGAAGCCGCCAACACUUCAGAGAGCUUUGCAGUGCCAGAGGCUCUGAGGCAGUUUGCGGUGGUGGUUCCCAGUAAGAUCCGGCUGGUGUGCCUCGCCGCGUUUGUUCUGGACAAAUGCAAGGACAACAAAGUCAUCGUGUUUGUCUCCAGCUGCGAGGCCGUUGAGUUCCUACACUCUCUGUUCACCUCCGUCCUCACCCGUCCAGCGGCCUAUCCCCGGCUCAGUUUUCAGCGUCUCCAUGGUAACAUGAAGCAGGAGGAGCGGUCAGAGGUCUUCCAGCUGUUCUCAGCGUCUCAGUCUGGAGUUCUGCUAUGCACGGAUGUCGCAGCGAGAGGUCUAGACCUCCCUCUGGUCACCUGGAUAGUUCAGUACACUCCUCCAUCGUCUGCAGCAGAGUACGUUCAUCGCGUCGGCCGCACAGCUCGGAUAGGAGGAAGAGGAAGCAGCCUCCUCUUCCUCACACCUGCUGAGACGGCCUUCAUCAGUGAGCUGGCAAAUCACAACAUCAGCCUAUCAGAGAUGAAGCUGCAGGAGAUUCUUUCCUGUCUGAUGCUAGACGAUACCUAUAGGGGGCGGGGCAAAUACUACAGCAAGACUUCAUCCAAAGCUCUGGAACAGGAGGUCCGUGAACGUGCCACCGUCCUCCAGACCGAGUUUGAGAACUUUGUUCACUCUGAUGCUCAGUCUCUGCAGGCUGCAAAGAAAGCACUGCAGUCUUACCUGCGGGCCUACACCACCUACCCCGCUCACCUGAAGCACAUCUUUCACAUCCGCUUCCUGCACCUGGGACACGCUGCCAAGAGCUUCGGACUGAGAGACGCCCCAGGGGGGCUGAGCUCUGCCCUCGGCUCUAAGGGCCCCGGAACCAAAGGAAAGAACAAGAAUGUGGCGAGGAAGCAGGGAAAGAGUCCGGUCCCAAACAGAGUCCAGAAGCAGAUCACUGGAAAGAAAAGGUUUUUUUCUGGUCAGAGGGAAGCAGGGAUGCUGCGCUCAGAGUUUUCAAAUGGGCUGGAGGGAGGAGACUCCUCAAAGAAAAGGAAGAAGAAGAGGAAAAAGGAGGAGUUAAGCGGGUCUCAAGAGGAGGAGUGAGCAGGAACGGUAAUAUCCAGGCGUUCCAAAAAGUGGGAAAAUCAAGGAAAAAACACCAAAGCCUAAUAAACAUGAGAUUCUCAUAAAGAACGGUCAGUGAAGAACCUUUUGAAACUUCUGUCUCAGUAGGUGGAAAUGAUGAAGCAGGAGAGGAGCAGGAACUGAAAGCAGAUUCUCUAAAAAGCGAGCCUUCUCUGUUGGCUUGUUCUCUAAUGACGUGAGGCUUUCAGGGCUUUCAGAGGUUACAACAGUGGACCUGAUAUUGUGGAAACAAAGUGCUGAAGCUCACCUCAGAACGUCUUUGCGAAGAAGAUUUUGGACCUGCAGCUGAUGGUCAGAGAAGAGGAUAAUCCUCAGAGGUUCGACAACGAGGGAAGCAGAGGGAACCUCCAUCUGUCUUUUCAACAUGGUGUCUGAAGGUUUCACUGAUGAUAUCGUCGCUCAUUAGAGGAGACAUUGAAGAACUGUCGACUUUAGUGAUUUUAUGUUGUACAGAUGUAGAUAAAAUCAACACCUAUUUUGAAUAAUUUACUAUGAUCUUACAUUAAAGCUGUAAACCUGCUUCAAACUGACAAUAAAAUCAAAUUUGGUUCUGAA